GUGGGAAGGAUUCCGGUGUGGAAAGCCACGUCAAUUAUAAAUAUGGAUCAUUGGAGAGGGGAUAUAUGAUUUAAUAUGUACAGCGCAGUAUGUUUUGGCUGAGAGUUGAGACAUCAUCAUCUUGGAGCAAGCAGACAGCCAUGGCGGCAACCACUCAAAUGAUCUUCUUUCUCAUGCUCUUCCUAUGUUCUUGCUCUUCUGCUUCUUCCCUUACCAGGACUUCACCUUCUGGGACUAUAUGGGAGAAAAGCAAGCUGAGUGGAGGUGGAAGAGGAGGAAUGAGCAACGGCGGCGGCCAAAGCGGGCAGCCCGACGGCGGAUCAACCAACCAAAAUCCCCACGGAUCGUCGGCGGUGAUACCCAUAUAUGCUGCUGCGAAUUCCCACCACAACACCCACCGCAACGCCGCCGCCGACAACAGCCCCACAGCAAUUAUUCCGCCGCUGUUUUCUGCCACUCUUUUGGCGUUUCUUUUAUGAACCAAAUUACCGGCGACUAACAGGAGCUUCAAUUCUAUCUUUCUGUUUUUUUUUCCUGCUCCGAUUGUACAUAUCAAUCACUUUGUAAGUAAAUACUACUGUGCAAUAUACUUUAUGUUUCUCCAGUA